AUGUGUGUCGAUUGUAGAGCUCACUAUGCCACCCUCUGCCGUGAGGCCCCCGAAAAUGAAACAGGAGCAUGCUACGAACGUUUGAAGACUUCAUAUCCUGUGGUCUUUACGGAAUACUGUCGGGGCACUCAAAAUGCCAACGACAGGAUCCUAGAACUGCCACAAAAAGUGAGAGACCACCUAUACGAAGUACUAGGACAAUGGGUCCCUAUUUAUGCCGACAUUCGGAGGUAUAAAUUCCAAACACCGGGGGAGCCUGGUGCCUUUUGGAUUAGUAUACUAGUCGACUUACCCCUCGGGUUCCGGAUGGAUUGGGACAUGAAGGCCUAUACUCUUGGGAAUCUCGAUCUGUCUUCGAUUAACUGUCAACAGGAUGACCAAGUUCCUGUUGCUUCGGGAAGCUCGGACGAGGAUUUAUGCCUAGUUCGUCUGGACUGGUACAUGAAGAGACUCACCGGGCUUCCUUAUGUUGGCAAUUUUGGGUUUCGGGCUAUCUGA